UGAGUAAAGAUGAAGACUACACUCACUGUGCUCCUCAUCAUCCAGCUCUAUGGACUCAUCUCAUGUGCUAUUAAAAAACAUUAUUAUAUAGAUGAGGAGAAGAAAUGGAAUGAAGCACAACAAUACUGUAGAAGAAACUAUCAUGAUCUGUCCACCUUCACCGAUGAGAUUGAAGAACAGCAGUUUUUAAAAGAAGCAGUCAGUCAAACCUCUGAUGCCUGGGUUGGACUCAACAAAGAAUCUGGAAUCUGGACGUGGACGACUGGUGAAGUUGCAACACGAAUCAGCUGGGACACUAAUCAACCAGACAAAGAUGACUGUGUUUAUUUACAAAAUGUCAGUAAGAAAUUGCAUGAUAGACAUCGCAAUGAUCAACGUACUUUCUUCUGUAUGAAGAUAUUUGAGAUUGUGUUGGUUCAUCAGUCUGAGAGCUGGGAGGGAGCUCUAGAAUACUGUAGACAUCAUCAUGAUGAUCUGGCAUCUCUGAGCUCAAACAGACGCAUGACUGAUGCUCUCAGUAAGAUCACAGGAGAUCAAACACAAUACGUGUGGAUUGGUCUGCGCUUUCUAGCAGGUAGAUGGUUCUGGAUCGGUGGAGAUGAUCUUAUCUUCAAGGUCUGGUCUUCAGAUGGACAGCUUCAAUGUCCUGCCCAAAACCAACGCUGUGCAGCUCUGGACAAGAACACACAGACCUGGACACCCAGAGACUGUGAGGAGAAGCUCAACUUUUUGUGUGUUUAGAGAGCUUCGGACUGUCUUGGACAACGCUGCUGGACUACUUUUUGGGACUCUUGGAAAACUUUUCAGCCUAUUAUAUUUAUAACUCUUGCGUAACAUGGCUAUCCAAGGAAAUGUGAACAGUGAAAAGUUUAAGUGCAAAACUCAAAGUAAAAUUAUUUUGGCAAAAAUGUAAAUGUAAGUGGUUGACGUGUAAGAAAGAGAAGCUGUGAGGUACCAGCUGAAGGGCAUUUUUUUGGACUAUCCAUGAUACUGCACUCACUUUAGUACCUUAUUGCUUUAAAUAGGCUACUUUAAGUAUUUAAGAUAAAAUCACUAAAAGCCUUUCUUCUGAAGAAUAUAGUUCCACCCUUCAUCCCAAUUCACAUACUGUACUACUCUAUCUUUCCUUUAGUGUUAGUAUGUCAUGUUGAGUAGAGCCUUGUAGUAUGUACAUUAGAUACUUCUCUAAGCUACUUCUGUUGUGUAAUUUACUGGGGCUUUAUAUUGGAGGUUUAUAGUUUUGCCUGUGUUGUAUUUCAGAACUGUGUAAAUUCUGUAAUGAUUGUUGACAUGUUCUUCUUGCUA